AUGACCCUGGGGAAGGCUGUCAACGAGGUGGCUUUGGGCUUCCCCAACGUCGUGGUCCUGCCUCUAGAUGUGACCGACCCCAACAGCAUCAGGGCAGCGGUGGGGAAGGUGAGAGAGAGGGUGGGAAGGGCUGGCCUCAACCUGCUGAUCAACGACUCGGGCGCCACCCGCAGCAGCACGCUGGCCACCGAGACGGCCGAGAACAUGACCCUGCUCUACACCACCAACACCAUCGGGCCCCUGCAGACCUGCCAGGCUUUCCUGCCUCUGCUGAAGGAGGCGGCUGAGGCCGAAGGCCAGCGGGGGCUGAGCUGCAGCAGAGCUGCCAUUGUCAACGUCUCCAGCAUCCUGGGCUCCAUCGAGGCAGCAGAGGCUUGGGAGGAGAGGCAGGAUGUCUGCUACCGCUGCAGCAAGGCUGCUCUGAACAUGCUCACCAAGUGCCUGGCUCUGGAGUACGGCGGCAGUGGGAUCCUGUGCGUGUCCGUGGACCCUGGCUGCGUGACGCCUCCCUUGGGACCGGGCACGGGUCCAGUGACAGUGGAGGAGAGCGUGAGGGGAGUCCUGCAGCUGCUGGCUCGGCUCUCUGCCAACAGCAAUGGCACCUUCUGGGACUGGAGAGGGCAGAGCCUGCCCUGGUGAGACCAAUCACC